AUGAAACGCGGUUAUAUUGUGACAAUUAUUUGGGAAGUUAUAUCGGUAGCAGCAUUUGUCUUAAAUCUAAUUGCUAAUAGUAGUGAUCGUUGGUGGGUAAAAGCAAGAGAGGGUGGCGAACAUACAUUUGUACGAGCUGGUUUAUGGCAAGUUUGUUUUAAUAUGUAUCGUCAUCGUUUCGAUUAUUAUGGAAAAAUUUAUCAUGGUUGUUGGUGGCUUUUUUCACCUGAAAUUCGUCUUUUACGUUCAUGGAUAUCAACGAAUUGGCUUCGUUGGGUUCAAGCUUUAUCAACACUUUCAUUAAUAACAUCAUUAUUUGCUGUUAUUGCUGCUUUACUUGUUUUACGUAAUAGUGAUGGAUUUAAAUCAUCAAAACAAGUUCUCACAGCAGCAAUAUUGCAUGGAAUUGCUGGUACAUUAAUGUUAGCAACAGUUAUUUUAUUUGGAAUUGCCGGUCGACGACGUGAUUGGAUGAUGAAUUGGCAAUUUAAUUGGUUUGGUUGGAGUUUUCAUUUAGCUAUUAUUAGUUGUAUACUUCAUUUAGCAACAGCAUUCAUGGCUGGUUAUCAAGGAUCAAAUAAAUAUUUACAUGAUAUGUAUGAUUAUGAACGAGCUCAUGAAGAAUUAGAAAAUCGUUCAACAUUAAAAUUACCUAUGUAUCAAAAUCGUCCAUCAUCUGAACGUGCUUUAUCAUCAAAUGGAGGAAGUAAUACACAUCUUCAUCAAUAUGCAUAA